AUUUUGGAGUCUUCCCUAAGGAUCCUCUACCGGCUUUUCGAGUCAGUGCUGCCGCCGCUGCCCGCGGCUUUGCGGAGCAGGAUGAAUGUGAUAGACCACGUGCGGGACAUGGCGGCCGCGGGGCUGCACUCCAACGUGCGGCUCCUCAGCAGCUUGUUACUUACAAUGAGUAAUAACAACCCGUGAGUUGAGGCGGGUAGCUGCCUGGGGCUGAGGAGAAAGCCGCGGCGGUUUGGGAGCGGGGGCUCAGGGCACGUGGGAACAGGCGGGAAGGAGCGGCCGCCGGCGCCAGCGGAGGCUCCGGGGUCUGCGAGGGCGUCCUGGAGCGGAGCAGACUUCGGAGCGCAAGUUGGGUUCACUGGGUGCCGGCGUCAAGUCCCCGCGGGGAUGUGGCGAGCGGCGGCUUGGAGACAUAGAAGGCAGAGGCUCUGAGGACGACCCAGGCGAGGGUUUCCUGAGGCACCUGUCGCGGGGCAGCGCGACUGUCACAUCGCUAGGCUGAAUCCUUCCCUCUCGGCUCCUUCCAGAAGAACGUUUUUUUCUCUCGCUGCAGCUCAGGGACCCAGCCUCCUGGUUUUUAUGCGCUGGCCCCCGCAUCUGAGAUUGGUCCCCCCGUUAAGUGUAUCAGGAGGGUCCACUUUCUCGCCUUGGGAAACCCCUGAAAACGGGGCCGGGCGCGGUGGCUCACGCCUCUAAUACGAGCCCUUUGGGAGGCCGAGGCGGGAGGAUUGCUUGAGCCCAGGAGUUCAAGACUAACCUGGGCAACAUAGGGAGACUCUGCCUCUACGAAAAGUAAAAAUUAAACAAUUAGCCGGGCGUGAUGGUGCGUGCCUGCGGUCCCAGCUACUCGGGAGGCUGAGGCAGGAGGAUCGCUUGAACCCAGGAGGUCGAGGCUGCAGUGAGCCGUGAUCGCAUCACUGUCCUUUACCGUGGGCGACAGAACGACAGCCUGUCUCAAAAAAAAGGAAACGGGAGACUCCAUUAAUGGUGAGUUAUUCUCCCCACCUCAGAAGUACCAGCUUUUGGUGUAUCAUGCAGAUUCUCUCUUUCAUGAUAAGGAAUAUCGGAAUGCUGUGAGUAAGUAUACCAUGGCUUUACAGCAGAAGAAAGCGCUAAGUAAAACUUCAAAAGUGAGACCUUCAACUGGAAAUUCUGCAUCUACUCCACAAAGUCAGUGUCUUCCAUCUGAAAUUGAAGUGAAAUACAAAAUGGCUGAAUGUUAUACAAUGCUAAAACAAGAUAAAGAUGCCAUUGCUAUACUUGAUGGGAUCCCUUCAAGACAAAGAACUCCCAAAAUAAACAUGAUGCUGGCAAACCUGUACAAGAAGGCUGGUCAGGAGCGCCCUUCAGUCACCAGCUAUAAGGAGGUGCUGAGGCAGUGCCCAUUAGCCCUUGAUGCCAUUCUAGGCUUGUUGUCCCUUUCUGUAAAAGGGGCAGAGGUGGCAUCCAUGACAAUGAAUGUGAUCCAAACCGUGCCUAACUUGGACUGGCUCUCUGUGUGGAUCAAAGCGUAUGCUUUUGUGCACACUGGUGACAACUCAAGAGCAAUCAAUACCAUCUGUUCACUAGAGAAAAAAUCCUUAUUGCGAGAUAACGUGGACCUAUUGGGAAGCUUGGCAGAUCUGUACUUCAGAGCUGGAGACAAUAAAAACUCUGUCCUCAAGUUUGAACAGGCACAGAUGUUGGAUCCUUAUCUGAUAAAAGGAAUGGAUGUAUAUGGCUACCUACUGGCACGAGAAGGGCGGCUGGAGGAUGUUGAGAACCUUGGAUGCCGCCUUUUCAAUAUCUCUGAUCAGCAUGCAGAACCGUGGGUGGUUUCUGGCUGUCACAGCUUCUAUAGCAAACGCUACUCCCGGGCCCUCUAUUUAGGAGCCAAGGCCAUUCAGCUGAACAGUAAUAGUGUUCAAGCUUUGCUACUUAAGGGAGCAGCACUUAGGAACAUGGGCAGAGUCCAAGAAGCAAUAAUCCACUUUCGGGAGGCCAUACGGCUCGCACCUUGUCGCUUAGAUUGUUAUGAAGGUCUUAUCGAAUGUUACUUAGCCUCCAACAGUAUUCGAGAAGCAAUGGUAAUGGCUAACAACGUUUACAAAACUCUGGGAGCAAAUGCACAGACCCUUACCCUUUUAGCCACCGUUUGUCUUGAAGACCCAGUGACACAGGAGAAAGCCAAAACAUUAUUAGAUAAAGCCCUGACCCAAAGGCCAGAUUACAUUAAGGCUGUGGUGAAAAAAGCAGAACUACUUAGCAGAGAACAGAAAUAUGAAGAUGGAAUUGCUUUGCUGAGGAACGCACUGGCUAAUCAGAGUGACUGUGUCCUGCAUCGGAUCCUAGGAGAUUUCCUUGUAGCUGUCAAUGAGUAUCAGGAGGCAAUGGACCAGUAUAGUAUAGCACUAAGUUUGGACCCCAAUGACCAGAAGUCUCUAGAGGGGAUGCAGAAGAUGGAGAAGGAGGAGAGUCCCACGGAUGCCACUCAGGAGGAGGAUGUGGACGACAUGGAAGGGAGUGGGGAAGAAGGGGACCUGGAGGGCAGCGACAGUGAGGCGGCCCAGUGGGCUGACCAGGAGCAGUGGUUCGGCAUGCAGUGAGGGGGCGGCAGCUCCAUGGCCGCAGUGGCCUGCCCUGCUCUGAGCACUUCCGUGGACUGAAGGAACCGUAGGAGCCUGCUCUCAGGAGGACAAUGAUUCAGCAUGUGAUUGCAGCAGGGGUCUCUGCCCCCUCGCUCCCAAUUCCUAGUCGUGACUUCAUUUCUAAAACAGAGCCUGACCAACCUUCCAUGUAUCUCCAUCCUCCCCUGCUCCAGCCAGGGAGGACUGAGGGAGUGCCCCGAGACCCAGGCACAUGUUGGGGCUUCUGGGCCAAGAGUACUUUUUAUAUAACUAAUUUCUAAAUCCAAAAACUCAAGGAAUAGACAGUGUUCUGUGACAUGGAUUGGUUUGAAGGAGUUACCCACCAUCCCAGCACGAUAGUGUCAUCUCCCAAGUUGGAUGGCAGCACGAUCUGGCCCUAGGGAGCUUCCUGUUCCCAGAAGUCAUUGUCCUGGGCUAUCCAGAUGUCCCUAGUAAAUCUUGCUUCCUUCUGCAAUGUUAGUAAUGCCUUAAGCUGACAGUUGCUAUUUUGCAGAACAGUUUUCCUCUUUGCUUAGCUAGUAACUUGCCUCUGAGCCUGGGCUGAUCUGAGAAACAGGUGUGACAAGAGCAUGAACCAGAGGUGCACCUGGGGCAGUUCCCUAAUAAAACUGGUUUGUACAGUCAUGGUGUUGGGGUGAUCAGAAUGGAAGCCCUUUUCAAAAUAGA